GACUCCUCUGUUUGUUUGUGACCAGGAGUAGAGUAAAGGCAGGGUGCAGUGCAUGCAGGGAGGAGACAUCUGGCUGCAGGGAGGAGGCUCAGCUGAUUGCAGACAGAGAGGACAGUGAGGAAGAAGAUGAUGGACGCUGCUGAGGAAGACGUAGAGAAUAUAGGUCAGGGACUCUAUAGGAGAAAGAAAGAAGGCAGAUGGAGAGGGAGUCAACUUCGACCGGGGAGACACAAUAAGAGGAUACAGAAGAUGUCGGCUUUCAGCGCUGAGUUGAUAGACUACCUAGAGGGGAGGAUAACUUUUGAGGAGUUUGACAAGCGGAGAGAUGAGAACAAACCAAAGGGGUCUGAGGAGGUGGCUGAAGAGGUGGAAGGAGAGCCUCAGCCCUCUACAUCUGCACAGAUCCCUGUGAUCAAAGAGGAGGGAGUCAGCGCAGGAGUCCAGCUGGCCUUCGCCUCCAUGCUAAGUGAAACGCCCCAACCACCGUCUUCAGAAGAAGAGGAAGAAGAAGAGGAAGAGGAGGAAGAAGAAGAAGAAGAAGAAGCAGAGGAGGACAGCUUGAGCUAUGUUGACGAUGAAGACGAUGAGGACUAUAAGGUGGAAGAAGAAGAAAAGGGCAGCAAGGUGGCGGCGGCUGCAGCGGCGGCGAUGGUUGAGGUGGACGAGCCGGAGAAGAGGCGGAGGCGACGUGGGAAAGGAGGCAGAGGGAGGGGACGCAGGAGGAGAAGACAUGAGGAGGAGGAUGAAGAUGAUGAUGAGGACGUGACGGUGGGGGACGUGUUUGCGCUGGAGAUGGAGCUGAACCGAGAAAACAAGAAGAUGAUGAAGGAGCGGCGACAUCGCAGCAAGCUUCCCCGAGCUCUGAGAGGCCUGAUGGGAGAAGCAAACAUCCGCUACGCCCGAGGAGAGAAAGAGGACGCCAUCUUGAUGUGCAUGGAGAUCAUAAGGCAGGCUCCUCUGGCCUUCGAGCCUUUCUCCACGUUGGCGAUGAUCUACGAGGACAACGAGGACGUGGAGAAAGCGCUGCAGUUCGGUCUGAUCGCCGCUCACCUGAACCCGUCGGACUGCGAGGAGUGGAUCCGACUGGCUGAGAUGUCUCUGGAGCAGGACAACAUCCGACAGGCCAUCGUCUGCUACACAAAGGCCAUCAAGUACGACCCCACCAACGUGCGCUACCUGUGGGAGCGCUCCAGCCUGCACAUGCGUCUGGGCGAGCACAAACAGUGCAUGGACGGAUACAGAAGGAUCCUGUCGCUGCUGCCCAUGGAGGAAGGAGAGCACUUCAUGCAGCUCUCAAAGGACAUGGCCAAGAGCUACUACGAGAGCAACGACUUGGCUUCAGCUCUGGGUGUGAUAGAGGACGCUCUGGCUCGACACCCCGACCUGGUCAGCGAUGAUUUCAUCAACAUGGCGGCUGAGCUCUACAUCGCCAAUCGUCAAUACAACAAGGCCCUGGAGGUCUUGGUGAAGUUCGCAGGUGUCAUCUUAGUUCGAGAAGGACCUGAACAAGACGCUCCUGUUCCAGCACAAGAAGAAGAAGAAAAGGCAGAGGCGACGUCGAAGACAGAGGAGCAGGAGAAGAAGGAUGAAGAAAGCAGUGAAUCAAAGAGUGUUGAAGAACCAGCAGAAGAGAAGGAAGGUAAAAUCAAGGAUGUAGAAGUACCCGACAGCGUUCCAGUAGACCUGAGAGCCAAGUUAAUGGUCUGCCUCAUUCACCUGCACAUCCUCACACCUCUGGAGGGCCUGGUGUCAACUCUGAUGGAGCAGAGCCCAGAGGAGAUCGGCGACUUGUACCUGGAUGUGGGUGAAGCCUACCUGGAGGAGGGCGAGUACAUGGCCGCACUGCCCCUGCUGUCUGCUCUCGUCAUAUCUGAGAAGUACAACCUGGCUGUCGUCUGGCUCCGACACGCAGAGUGUCUGAAGGCGCUGGGUCACAUGGUGGUGGCAGCAGAAAGCUACACUAAGGUGGUGGAGAUGGCUCCGCAGCACCUGGAGGCCCGGCUCUCCCUGGCCACCCUACUGCAGCAGCUGGGUCGGCCUGAGUGCGCCCUGAAAGCCCUGGAGUCCAUGUAUGACAGCGACACACUGGCUCAGGAUUCAUCAGCUGCACAGAAGGAAUUAAAGCUGCUGCUCCAUCGCUCCACCCUGCUGAAGACUCAGGGGAAGACAGAGGGCUACCUGGAUGCUAUGAUCAAUAUGAUCUCCAUGCUCCUCAAGGUGGCCAUGCAGCGAGCUAAGGUGUGUGUGCGUUCUGUCACCGUGUCAGGGGAGAGUCACCUGAGGCUGGUGAAAGUUAAGGACGCGGUGCCAGAGAUUGACGACCACGAAGCUGCCUAUCUGGAUAACACAGGUAAAACCAACGUCCUCUCCAAAGAGGACUGGUGGCAGCUGCUGGUGAGCUGCGUGCUGACGCUCUCCGAGGAGAAGCGCUACGAGGAGGCCGAGCUGCUGGUGGAGUCGGCCAUGGAGUUCUUCUCCUUCUACGACAACAAGCCCAAGAGGAAGGAGAUGGAGUUCUUCGGGCUGUCGGCCACCAUCCUGGACCGCAACUACUACAAGGCCUACAACUACAUCAGAUUGAUGCUGAUGGAGAACGUGGAUCUGCCUCAGCUCUGGAACAUAUUCAACCAGUUGACGAUAACCUCCCACCACCAGCGGCAUCAUCGCUUCUGCCUGCGUCUGCUGUUAAAGCAUCCCGAAAACCACGCCCUGUGUGUCCUCUGUGGACACAACGCCAUGGUGUCAGGGAGCUUCAAGCAUGCUCUGGGUCAGUAUGUUCAGGCCUUCCAGACUCACCCUGAGAACCCGCUCUACAGCCUGUGUGUGGGUCUCACCUUCUUCCACAUGGCCUCCCAGAAGUACACCGCCAAACGACACACGCUGGUGUUGCAGGGUUUCUCCUUCCUGUGGCGGUACGUGGAGCAGCGUGGAGAGUGUCAGGAGACCAUGUACAACCUGGGCCGAGCGCUGCACCAGAUGGGCCUCACACACCUGGCCAUACAUUAUUAUCAGAAGGCUCUCACACUGCCGGGACAGACUCUGGAGGGUAUCCCAGAUGAUCAGGUGGAUCUGAGACGGGAGAUCGCCUUCAACCUCUCCCUCAUCUACCAGGCCAGCGGGAACAUGGAGAUGGCCCGGCAGCUCAUCAACACACACUGCAUUAUCUGAAAACGCACAUGAAUGCCUUAUCAAGACUUUGAGAUUCAGAAACCUGUGAUUGAUUUGGCCUGAAGUCCACACGUAGCAGAGCUUUAGAUCCCUGAAAACUGAGGCUUUGAGAAUCACCUUCCAAGGUGGAGAUUUUGAGAACCUCAUAAGGACAGCAGGAUUGAACAUUUCAGCAAACACUGAAGUUAUUACCUCAACGUGUGCAUGGCAAUUGUUGGUUGUAUGUAAUGCACAUGUAAUAGGAUGCCAGGCUACGGCCAAGGGAGGUCAAUACAAGAUGUAUCGACUCUCUUGGCCUGUACAAAGUGUGUAUAUGUUUUUAUAAAUUUAGUUUGCCAUGUGUUUGUCAAUAAAAUAAAUAGUUUAGAAAAUAAAAAAACAAAAAAUAACAAUUUAAUAACA